UUGAGCAAACUACAAAGAGAGCAAACUCUAACUUACCAAGAGUGCAAGCUCUACAGUUGUUUAUCUCAAAUACUUCGUACUUUCUAAACUAACACUUGCAGAUCUACGGGUUUAGGAGUAAAAAAAAUUUAGGAAAAUUUUCCAAAAUGAAUAUCAGCAUUGUUAAUCCCACCUCAAAUUCAUCUCAUGUUCCUUCAAUUUUCCAAAACGCAUCUUUUUUACCCAGAAUUUCAUGGUUAACCCCCAAAAUUCCCUCAAAAAAUCACCCAAAAAAUCACUCAAUAAUUGCUUCCUCAAUUAGCAGCAGCAGCAACAACAAUCAAAAAACACCCACAAGCAGGAAAGAUAAUCGGUGGUCUCUUCAUGGAAUGACGGCUUUAGUCACCGGCGGCACUCGUGGAAUUGGGCAUGCAAUUGUUGAAGAAUUGGUGGGUUUUGGAGCAAUUGUGCAUACUUGUGCUAGAAAUGAAUUGGAGCUUCAAAAUUGCUUGAAAAAUUGGGAAAGUCAAGGGUUUAAUGUUAGUGGGUCUGUUUGUGAUGUUUCUUCUUGGGAGCAAAGGGAGAAGCUUAUGGAUACUGUUUCUUCUGUUUUUAAUGGCAAGCUUAACAUUCUUGUCAACAAUGUCGGGACAAAUAUACGGAAACCAAUUGUUCACUUAACUCCUCAAGAAUAUUCGACAUUGAUGACUACAAAUUUUGAGUCUGUUUUCCAUUUGAGCCAGCUGGGUCAUCCCCUCCUAAAAGCUUCUGCCUGUGGAAGUAUCGUGUUUGUCUCUUCUGUCUCUGGUUUUGUUUCCUUGAAAUCAAUGGCUCUUCAAGGAGCAACUAAAGGAGCAAUUAAUCAACUUACUCGAAAUUUGGCAUGUGAAUGGGCAAAAGAUAAGAUUAGGAGCAAUGCUGUUGCACCUUGGUAUAUCAAAACCACUAUGGUAGAAAAGGUUUUAAGCAAUGAAGAGUAUCUCGAAGAAGUUUAUUCUCAUACACCACUUUGUCGUCUUGGAGAUCCAACAGAAGUCUCAUCUUUGGUUGCAUUCCUCUGCCUCCCUGCAUCUGCUUACAUUACUGGUCAAAUUAUUUGUGUCGAUGGUGGAAUGUCUAUCAAUGGUUUCUAUCCCAGAUUUGAUUUCCAGUAGCUAAAUGCAGAGUUACCAAUCAAGGGGACAUUGUGUUUGGAUUAGAGAGGACAAAGUAGAAGCUAAGGCCAUAUGACAAAUAUUUUUCAGUGGAGAAAGAGAAAAGAAGUAUAUAUGAUUCGAGUUUUCUGUCAAAAGGAUUUGCUCACUCCUAUUACACUGUUCCGUAAAGACUUGGAAUAUCUUUUAAGAGUGAAGAUGUGUUUCCAGACCUUGAUGAUGUUACUCAAGCUAUUGGUUGGAGUCUGUGUUUUUAGUGAAGUUAUUGUUUACUUGCCAAGAAAAUCCUGCUAAUCACGUUGGAUUAUGGUCUUCUGUUAGUUCAGCUCAUGACAAUCUGAAAGAUUGAUUUAUAUCUUGUCCAACUUUUUGACCUGUUCAUAAAUUCAAUCUACCUAUUAGGUUGAAUGCUAUUUUUCCUUCAAUUAUCAUGCGUUCUCUCACAAUGAUGAUAAUUCUUUCUCUAAGCAAUUUAAUCAGUUUCUAUUGUACAUGUACUUUGUUA